AUUGCUUCAAUGGAUGAAUUUUGUCGCUACAUGAGGCGCUACAAAAUAGCACAACGUAUCUAGCGUAUAGUGUAUGUUAAAAUAUAUGGUCGACUGCUGUAUUUUUUCACAGCGACUUGAAUUUCCUUUUUUUUUUUUUUACAAAUAUAGACUGUGACUAUUGACUGUGCGCUUUUUCAUUUGAUUAUUUUUAUUUUAUCUUUUACUUAUUUUUUUUCUAAGUUUGAUCCCCUUGAAUUCGAAAUUGCUCUGUUGCUGCAAGAAGUUUGAAUUGUCGGGUUUUGGCCUGGUUUUACUUACCAAUGGAUUAAUUAUUCAGUUAUUACUUAGCUAUGACUGCAAUAUCUAGGUCUCCCCUGUCCCUGGAUAAGUUGGACCAGGUCAGGUUCGAUCUAAACUCAAAGGAACUCUUCAACCAAGUUUGGAACAGCUCAGCUCAUGUGGGAUCUAUUAGUGUGAGUGAAACACAUGCAAUGGCGGAAGCGACAGCUGCGAAGAACGAGGCGUUCAGGUCUGCCCUGAAAAUAGAAGACCCAAAUGCAACAGUUGCUGAGGAACCGGGAGAUUCUCAGAAGGAAACUCCUGGAAAUGUGUCAGAAGAGGAACCCCCAGAAAGCUCGCACAAGAAAAGGUCGAAGCAUUCUAAGAGACAUCGUAGUCGAUCUAGACACGACAAGGAGGAUGAGGCAACCGAAUCAACCAGGAAAUCAUCCAAGAAGCACAAGAGCAAAAGCCACAGACACAAGUCCAGAUCGCAAUCCCCUUCAUCGGCUUUAUCUCGAUCGAGAUCCCACAGCAACAGCAGUGCCAAUAAAACUUCUCACUCCAAUAAAACUCACUCCAAGUCCCACAAACAUUCCUCGCCUGCUUCUCCCCCUAUUUCUGAAUCUUCGCACAAACAUAAAAGUAAAUCUAGUCACAAGUCUAAAUCUUCUUCUGUUCAUUACUCUAACUCGUCUCAUUCGAACUCGAAAAGGAGAAAACGGAGCAAAAAGCAACAAAAGAAACGGCAUAGAUGCAGAAAAAACAGUGAUGAAAUCGAACCAAUCAGCUCAAACCAGACUUCGACUCCUCACAUUCUGGUAUGUGGAAUAGUCAUUUACGGAGAAGACUACACUAAAGUACCCCCUCCCCUGGAAUACAGCUCUGGAUUUAAGGAGUGGACAAAGGACUUCUUCUGGUGCGAACAAUACUCAGAGGAGAGACAGAGGAGAGUAGCCAAAAAGAAACGGAAACGACGCCAAAAAGAAAAGAAAAGACAAUCUAAACGCAGUUCCCAUCACAGAGCUGAGAGCUGUCACGAUACCAAGAUAGUAUCGGCCGAAAAUCUUGUUAGGCCAAUUGAACCAGUUUUAAACUGUGUCGAUAGUUUGUCGGUUAGCUUAAGCGUGGACAUCAUGAAUGAAACAGAACUGAAACGGACGCCUGGCCGAGCACCGAGUUUGUCGAAUUCCCACCACAGCUUUGGCUCUGGUUCAAACCGGACGAAAGAGAGUCAGCCGCUGCCUGCACGUGUUAGUCCACCGCCCGUGAAAUCCGACAGAUCUUCGCCACAUUUCAUGGAGAGAAGACGAAUAACAAGUGCUCGCAAGAAGCCGUUUUCGUACUCACGAGAAGGCGACGACCAGUUUUCAAGCAGUGAUGAUUCAUUAGACUGAAGAUAAUCAAAAACAUAAACUAUUUUAAACGUUUCAGGUGCAAAUAUGAAGUGCAAUAAUUGAAAUAUUUAAAAGCGUCUAUUUAUGUGUAUAUCUGUUCUGAAUUUUAUUUGUAUAUUUUUGAUAU